UGCGGGAAGGAUCUUGUUGGAUACCCCAUGAUAGUGGUACCGGUGCACGUAGUGGGUAUCAUCCAAGUAUCUACAACGAAGAUAUCGGCCACGCAUACUAGUACAUUACAACUAACUAAACAAUGGCCGACGAGAAAGCCCCCAAGAAGCCCAAGCAACAACAUGUUCGUGUUGGCGUAGGUGUCCUUGUCAAGGAUGCGGCUCGGACGAAUGCUGUUUUUGCGGGGAUCCGGAAGGGGAGCCACGGGGCAGGGAGUCUGGCAUUGCCCGGUGGCCAUUUGGAAAUGUACGAAUCCUGGGAGCAAUGUGCCCUCCGAGAAGUCAAGGAAGAAAUGGAUUUGGACCUGAAGGAUAUCCAGUUUGCGCAUGUCACCAACGACGUGAUGGAGAGCGAAGAGAAGCAUUAUGUUACUAUUUUUAUGAGUGCCACUUGUACCAAACAGAAUGACAAUAAUGAGGAGGAAACUCCUGCGCCAAAGAAUAUGGAGCCUGAAAAGUGUGAAGGGUGGAAGUCCUAUACAUGGCAAGAGCUGAAGGAUAUCCAUUCCAAAGGAGAACCGAAACUAUUCGGUCCUUUGAACAAGUUGAUUGACGAAGCUCCCAAGUCCGUCCAGGACUUUUUGAACGAAACUUCUUAGUUCUGGUCUAUCCGAUGCGACCGUAUAAUUCGUCAUUGGCCAUGACUCGACUCGACUCGAUGUGGGGAAUAACAAAGCCCUCUACAAGUUAGUGGCACGGUAGGUUGACGCUGAACUAGACGCUGCUCUUUGCAGUUUUUAAUUGAAAGCAAACGGAUCUAGCUAGAUUCAUGCAAACCCAGAGUUGCGAUACCGCUUCUGUUGGUUCUGGUCUGGACCGGGCUAGAACCUCGUCGCUGUACCCCAGAGUACCGGACUCCUUGGCAUAAUGCUUGUUUCGUCACCGAGAAAACAUGGCAAGAUACGAGUUAGUUCUAGCUAGUAGCCAGCAUUGCCAGGAUGAGUCAGUCCUUUUUGCCGAUUGUUAUUUGUUGAAAUUGCAAGAUACCACGCACCAAUAUCAUUAAAUUAGAUAAAGAUGAUAUUGAAUCAGAUACUAGUACUCGUACGCUGCAGUAAGAACAACAGUAUACGUAUAUCAU